GUAAAUGCCAGUUAGCAAUGAGAUCCUGACUAGUACAGACUACCUACUCAAGCCUGUCACAUUGAAAAUUUUGCCUUUUCUAGAUCUGUGAUUAUUACUAUAUUCAAUAUUGAUUCUAGUUAAGUGUAGGGCAAAUACGGUUUAACUGUAACUAGAAUGACGUACAAAACAUGGAAAGAUGCUUUUCAAAAAGCUUGCAUCCCUCAGCGUUACAUUUUGGGCAUAAUGGGCUUCCUCGGAAUCGCAAACGCAUACACCAUGCGUGCCUGUCUCAGCAUAACGAUCACACAAAUGGUGAAGAAGCCCAGCAUGGACAACUUUGUCACAGACGAAAUGACUUGCCCUUGGCCUGACGAAGUUCCAAUCUCAAUGAAUUCACCAGCCUUGGCCACUUCUGGCAAUUAUGAUUGGGAUGAAACAACCCAAGGGUUGAUCCUUUCUGCAUUCUAUUACGGGUACCUCAUCACACAUAUUCCUGGUGGACUGCUUGCAGAGCGGUUCGGCGGGAAGCAUACGAUGGGUUUCGGCAUUUUGUCGACAGCAAUAUUUUCGCUGUUGACACCCUUUGUAGCGGAUUAUGGAGCAAUCCCUAUGAUCACACUGCGUUUCCUGAUGGGCCUCGGAGAAGGAACUACAUUUCCAGCGUUAAGUACCCUCUUGGCACAAUGGGCACCGCCAUUGGAAAGGAGUAAAUUGGGCUCGUUGGUUUUUGCAGGUGUUCAAAUUGGAACAGUCCUGUCCAUUUCCUUAAGUGGUGUUAUUAUUGAAUAUACAAGUUGGCCCUAUGUUUUUUACAUAUUUGGAGUAGUCGGGGUGGCUUGGUUUGUAGUCUGGUGCCUUCUUUGCUACAAUGAUCCAGGUUCACAUCCUUUCAUCAGUGAAAAUGAGAAAGAAUAUUUGAAAAUGACAAUAGGGAGGACUGAAAGAAACAAGGAUCUUGGUGGCACGCCUUGGAAAGCGAUUUUAACAUCUGCCCCAAUUUGGGCUUUGGUGAUCGGAGAAAUUGGUCAUGAUUUUGGCCUCCUUAUGAUGGUUUCAGAUUUGCCCAAAUAUAUGAGCGAUGUGAUGCAUUUUAAAAUUGGAGAGAAUGGAGGACUGUCAGCAUUGCCAUACCUUGUCAUGUGGUUGGCCUCCCUCUUUCUUGGAUAUUUUGCUGACCUUAUAUUGUCCAAGAAUUGGAUGGAUAUAACAUUGUUGAGAAAAACACUAGCAACACUUGGAGCAAUAGGGCCUGCUGUAGGAUGCAUUAUGGCGUCGUAUGCAGGGUGUAAUAAACCUGCAGUCGUGACGCUUUUUACCGUAGGGAUGGGAUUCAUGGGAUUUUGUUAUUCCAGCCUAAGAGUAAAUGGACUUGACAUCUCGCCGAAUUACGCAGGAACAAUUAUGGCAAUCGUUAACGGGAUGGGAUCGAUUUCUGGGAUGGUCGGUCCCAUCCUGGUCGGCUACUUAACACCAAAUAGGACUUUAACAGAGUGGAGACAAGUGUUUUGGGUAAUGGUCGCAAUGCUCGUCGGUACUAAUUUUAUAUACGUAUUUUAUGGAACGGCGAAAACUGCAAAAUGGAACGACCCAAAGUCAAAUAAGAAUUCUGAGGAAGAUAAAGCCAACAAAAUGGAAAUUGAUAAGGAUAUGUCAAGCCAAAAUCAACAAUAUCCCUAUGAAAAGUGUUGAACACCAAAGAAAAACAAGUUUUCAUGAUUUGACGCUGUCAAUUCUUUUCUUUUACCCAGCUCACAAUAUGGAAUUGUGAUGUAAAAAUUGUCCUUAGUAAAUUUUUACAAAAUAGGACAAAUUAUGGAUAAUUGAAGAGUGAGGACAAUUAACUGUUUAAAAGAAUUUGUACUCUUGUUAUGCCAGGUUGGGUAACAAUAAUUCUAGUCUGUUAUAAACAGUAAAAUUACUAAAUACUGAAAUCUCUUUGUCCAUAAAACAUUUAUAGUAUUUAGAUAAUAAAGACUGCCCCUUCAAAGACAAUAUUGAUGUCUUUAAAUGCAGAAAGUUUAAUUAUAAUGUAACAAUUAGGAAUUUUAUCUGAAACAUGUAGGGUAUAAAAAGGUUUAUUAUUAAUAAGGAUAUAAUUAAACUUCUAGUGGUUAUUACUCAAUGAUUUUGGUCACUUUAAAAAAAUAAAAAUCUUUGUAGAAAGAAAAAUGAUAUCUUAAUUAUAUUUAACUGUAUACUUUUUAAAU